AGUCAAGUAUGGGCAGAGGAAGAGCUUAAAACACACUCCUGCCCCUGCACAUGUGAUGGACAUGUGUUGUCAUUUGUCUCUGCAGCUGUUGGGACAACACCUCAUAUCCAAGCCCCCCGUGCCAGAAAGUGUUUGGGACAUUUAGGAGUCACAAGCAGCCAAACAAGUAGCUGUAAUGGAGUCUCGGCUGUCGAAACAGAUCCAGUGCUCCGUGUGUUUGGGAGACUUUACAGAUCCAGUAAGCCUGCUCUGCGACCACACGUUCUGCCGGCAGUGUAUAAGCAAUCAUUCCCAGAGCAGCCGAUUGAGACUCUGUCCAGAAUGCAGGAGACCCUACACCAUGUGGGACCUCCGUUCCAACCGAGUCCUGAGGAAUAUGGUUAAUGCCGUAAGGGAACACUUGAGCGAGCAACAGGCGCUCCAGGACAUGACUGUAGGAGCUUCUGGAGUGGACGCCAUGAGAGUGUUUGAGGAACCGGAGAAGUUGGUGUGUUCAGAACAUCAGGAGAGACUCAAGCUGUUCUGCGAGACGGAUCAGAAACUGGUGUGUUUGAUCUGUAGGGACGGCGAGAAGCACCAAGGACACAUGUUCAAACCUGUGGAGGAGGCAGCGGAGCCAAGAAAGAACUUAAUGUUGGAGCCUCUGAGUUUCCUGACGAAGGAGAAUGAAGAACUGCAGGCUCUUGUCAAGAAACAGACUAAAGAAAUCUCUAAAACUGAGGAAAGGUCCCGGCAGCUCUCUGCACACAUCUCUGCUCAGUUUGAGGAGAUGCAUCAGUUCCUGAGGAAAAAGGAGGAGGAAGUGAAGAAAACAUUGAAGAAAGAAGAAAAGGAUUUGAUAGAAAAGAUGAAAAGAAACAGAGCAGAAAUAGAAGAGAAGCUGAACGAUGGACGAGAGAAGGAAGGGAUUCUGCACUCAGUCUUUGACACUGAUCAGCCAGAUGGAUUUCUGCAGUGGUGGACUGAAAAAGGACUGGAAUUUGUUGAAAAUAUGAAAGAGACGGAAAGCUUUGCUGAAAAUAUUGACAGCGCUACUCAACAAACUAAGUUCAAAUCAACAGUGAAAAGUGUGAAUUUAAUAGCUAAUUCUCUGUUCCUCGGACUUCAUGAGACUCACUUGCAGUUUAUUGUUUGGAAAGAGAUGCUGGGCUCUAUCAAACCAGUCCCUGAUCGUAAUGUGAUUCAUGACUGUCAUGACCCGUACCUGAGGGUCUCGUCUGAUGGACGCAGCGUCAUCCGCACUUCCAAAAAGGGGAUUUUCUUGCGUCAAAAAGACUACAGACCUCUGGCCAGGACCCACAAGACCUUCCAGUCAGGCCAACACUAUUGGGAGGUGGACGUUGGAGCAAAGCUAGACUGGAGCGUGGGCUUUGAUGGCGGUUGUAUAAGCAACCUAAACAAGGACAUUGGGCUUCACCUUAAACAUGACCAAGGUUACUGCAUUAAAGAGUAUGAGACGGUGACAGAGAUUGACCUUACAGUAAAACCACGCCGGAUAGGGCUGUAUCUAGACUGCGACAGGUGUCAAGUUUGUUUUUAUAAUGCAGAGGACAUGACUUUACUGCACACCUUCACAUAUCCUUCAUCCAUACCUUAUUCGCUCAGUCUCUCGCCUGGAGCUUAUCUCGCAGGGAAGAACAGUGAUCCACUGAUGGUGACCUGGAACUGAAAAAUGUUAC